UUUUUGAUCAGGCAGCUAUCAAAACAUUAUGUGUAAACACAAACAAAAAUGCAGCCAAAAAUAUUGCUGCUGGGAAAAAAUUCAGAUGGACUGACAUUACAGAGACUGAGAUGUAUCAGUACAUUGGGCUGACACUGUACAUGGGGCUUCUGAAGCGGCCGAAGAUCAAAGAUUUUUGGUGCACCAGUUCCAUCUUCCGUGUGCCGUAUCCUCCUCAGGUCAUGCCCAGAGAUCGCUUCUACAACAUCGCCUGGAACAUCCAUAUGAGUGACCCUGCAGAAGAUGCUCUCAAUGACAGCAGGAAAGGCAUGGAUAAUUAUGACUGCCUGCACAGAAUUCGCCCUCUGUAUGACAGCUUACGUGUAGCCUGCAAAGCUGUUUACCACCCCCAGCAACACCUUUCGGUGGAUGAGCGCAUGGUAGCCACCAAAGCCCGAAUUGCUCUGAAGCAAUACAUAAAGAACAAACCCACAAAGUGGGGGAUAAAACUUUUUGUGCUGUCUGACAACACAGGCUACACGGUUGACUUCAGCAUUUACACAGGCAGGUCCACUCUGGUAAGUGGGAAGGGGCUGUCGUUUGAUGCUGUGAUGUCACUCAUCCAAAAAAGCUACCUGGGAUCUGGUUAUCACAUUUAUUGUGAUAAUUUUUACACCAGCCCAGCACUUUUCAGUCACCUGCAUGGCCUGGGAUUUGGAGCCUGUGGCACAUUUCGGGACACAAGAAUUGGCAUUCCAAAAACAAAAGAAAAUGCCCUGACCAAAAAAUCUCCAAGAGGGACCAUCAGGUGGAUCAGAGAGGGACCUCUCAUCUUCAUCAAAUGGAUGGACACUAGGGAGGUGAGUGUGUGCUCCACCCUGCACACUGCCUUUUCAGGGGACACUGUCAAGAGAGCAUGCAAGGUUGGUGGGAAAUACAGAGCAAUUGAGGUGCAGGUGCCAACAGCUGUAAAGGACUACAACCAAUUCAUGGGUGGGGUUGACCUUUCAGACCAGCUAAUUGGCUCCUAUUCCUCAUGGAGAAAAAGCAGGAAAUGGUAUGUCACAGUGCUGCAUCAUUUCAUUGACAUUGCUGUAACUAACAGCUAUUUGCUCAGCAAGCAGCUGUGUAGCAGACUGAAGCAGCAACCAAUGACACACCAGGCCUUCCAGGAACUGCUGACAGCUGAGCUCUGUGGGGUCCCCUCACAACCAGUCCUGGAGAGCUAUCACCAUUUUCCUGUUGCCAUUUUUGAAGGGGCACCUGAGCAGAAAAAGGCCACACAGGGGCGCAGGAAGUGCAGGCUGUGUGGGAAGUGCACUCCCUUCAUGUGUGAGGCAUGUAAAGUACCUCUGUGUGUCAUUGUGGACAGGAACUGUCACAAGACCUACCACAGCUCCGCUUGUGGUACUGAGAAGUGACAUUUUAUUAUAUCUUUCUGUAUUUUAGUUCUUGGGACACUUGGAUCUUGAUUGUACUAUUGUAAAUAAUUGCUCUGAGGUAAAUGCUGUAUUUUUUGCAAAUUGUGCCAAUACAAUUUUUAUGUGAAUUUUUGAUACACUAAAAAUAAGCGUUUUUCAAUAAUCUCAAUAAUCUAUCACAGCUCCACUGGUGCUAAUGAAAUGGAAAGUUUUAACAAUGCCUUUCUUUUUAUGAAUUCCUGGGACAGUUAAAAAUUUGAUUGCACUUUUGUAAAUAGUUUAUUUUUGAUAUAUAUGCUGUCUUUUUGCAAAUUGUUCAUAAUAUUUCAUUUUUCGUUUUUGCUACAGUUUAU